AUGCCGCCGAUAAAAAGGAAGUCCUGGAACCACGAUGCUAUGAUAUGGGCCGUGGAUGCAGUGCGAAGCAAGGAAAUCGGUUAUUUAAAGGAGUCAAAACACUUCGGUGUGCCUAAGGGUACCCUAGCACGUUAUGUGAAGAAGGAUGCCAAGGCAGAAGUGCUUGUUAAAGUUCGCAUGGGGAGAGCUCCAGUUCUGCCUGACUAUUUAGAAGUAGAGCUAGGUAAGUAUUGUAAGGAAUCAGACCAACGAUUUUAUGGGUUACGUCUGAAGGACAUGAAGUACAUGGAGUUUCAAUUCACUAUGAUGAAUAAUCUCAAAAAUACUUUCAACUUGACUAAACAAUCAGCUGGUGAGAAGUGGCUACGUGGGUUUAUAAGCCGGCAUCCCGAUUUGUCAGUCAGAACACCUGAAGCAGUUUCUGUCGCAACAGUGAAAGAAUUCAAUCCAGUUGCUGUCAAUAAAUUUUUUGAUUUAUAUGAGCCGGAAAUUGAUAAAAUGCAAUCAACUUCACACGGAGCGUACAACGUUGACGAGACUGGAAUAACAGUCGUACAACAUACACGCUCCAAAGUCAUUAGCUUGAAGGAAAAGCAGAAGGUUGCUGCGUUGACAUCUUUGGGAAGAGGAAAACUAAUAAACAUUCUAACGUGCAUGAACACUUCUGAUGAGUUUGUAAUUUUCAAUGACGAAGAUCAAGGACAACAAUCACCCGAUAGGCGUUCCCAGAUUCAUCAACCUUCACCUGAACAUGGAGUGUCAAAUGAAAAUCUGAAGGAAACACGCCGCGAAACUACUUCGGCUCCGCCUGCGCCGGAGAUUGGCGUUCGAUCAAUGGGAUUUCGGGUUUUUGGAAACGGAGCGGUUGAGGCUGUUUCUGAGGUGGAGCAGGGGAAAUUUGUUGCGGAGGAGAUUGAGGUGGUUGACGCUGUUGUUGAUACUGAGGAGGCGAAGGAGGUUGAUAUUGUUGAGGUUGAGGGGAAGGUUGAGGUUGGCGAGGUUGUUGAUAGUGUGGGGGUGAAGGAGGUUGAUAUUGAUGUUGUGGAGGAGAUGGUGGUUGGUACUGCUGUUGUGGUGGUUGGUAUUGGUGCUGCGGCGGUGAUGGAGGGCCUUGUUGAUACCUAG